AAUGUCGCAUAGGUUAUAGCUAUUUGUUUUCUAAACAGCCAUAUAAAGUGUUUAUACAAUAUAGGCCUUGUUUAAGGUAGCUUUGGCCUUGUAGUAGAUUGGGGUAAGAUGGUUCAUGUUUAUAUUUUUUGUCGUCUCAUUUGGUAGAAAUUAAAGAAAGUUUACAGAAUGUAUAAACGUGCUCUCAAGAAUUUAUAAUAACGUUGUUAAUUGGUAAAAAUAUGACCAUGACAAGGUAUAAUAGUAUAUGCUAAUGGUAUCCUUCUUUCCCCACAGUACUAUAUGUGAGUUUCAAAAUCAUUGCAGAUCUUACUAAGGGAGGGGCGCGGGUUUUGUAUCUAUUAAUAACACAAUAAUAAGACUUACUGAUCCGUGAGAAACCAAUGGCUCCUAAUGAUAUCACAGCGGGGCACGGAGGUAAUAAUUUCCCGUCAAGUGUCCGUAAGAAACCGAUGUCUAAACCCCCUAAGGAUCAGCAGGGUUCAGUGACGAAGAAACACCUUAAUUUUCGGAUAAGUAGCCCUUUAACUCCAUGGGGGGACGAGACGACAAGCUCAGAGUCGAAAAAGCGAAGGUCGUCGUUGAAAGGAAAGGGAGCAAAGAAUAAAGAUUAUUACAAGAAAAAGGAGAAACGCUCAAGUGGUAACAAUAACAGAAGUAACAAGAACUUGACGUCUCCAAAAGAAAGGUCAUCUUUUCGCUACUACCCCGACAUCCAUGAAUAUAUAAGGGAAUACCGACAUAUUCGUGAUCGUUUAACAGCUGGCCAUAAGGAUUGUUCAUGCCAUGGAACAUACGGGCCUGAGGAAAUAGAAAAGGCGUACGAGAGCCUUGGUCUACCAAGCAAACUAGUCAACUACAGAUUAGGUCUAAGUAAAAAGGAUCCGUGGUCAAGCAUUUCAAGUCCAGCAGUGCAAGCAACAACCUCUCAAGAUGCUGCAGCCGAUCUCGGAGAAAUAAAUCAUGACGUCAACAGCGAAUCCGGCGAAGAGCGAGAAAUCGCGAGUCCUGAGGCAAGGAAGCUAAGGAACAAUUUGAAUUUAUCUCCGCUGAGAAAACACGUCCGGCUGCCCGAUAUGAAACAUUAUCCCGUGCGGGAUGUCUCGGGACUUGGAGUCCAUGAUCUUGUGAGAUACGCAACUGCCGCUGGCGAACAAAGUCGGCAAAAUAAGAAGUUAGCUGAACUCAAUGUCGACCCUCCAAAGCUUCGUUAUACCUCAUAUGAUAAACAGCGACUGCCUUGCCCGCCUUUACAUGCGAUGGAGAAGACGAUGUGUCGGGUGGUCGAGCUUUCCCUGGAAGAAAACAAGGAUAAGCAGAAAACGACUCACGACUCUGAUCCGGAGUAUUCGAAGUCCGAAGGAUCUUCCAAGAGAGCAAAAGAUCGGUCCAAGAAACGAUGCGAGUCAAUCUCGGAUGUUGUGAAAGAUAUAGAUCUUCCUGGAGACGCUUUGGCGAUAGCAAUAGAGACGAGCAGAAGUAAUCAGUCUUCUGUUCUAUCCACAGCCAUCAGCCCUCUGUCGCAAUCUUUGCACAGUUUGACUCCAAGCAAAAGCCAAACCAUACGAGAGAUGCUUUCAGCUGCUGUAACGGAGUUGCAACCGUUCAGUCAGAAUGUAGCUGAAGUUUCAUUGCCGCAAAGCCCUCAAACAUUAGAUUGUAAACCCACAGCCGCUAACUUGCACGCACGACCAGUCGUGUCUUUGAAAACUUUCCGCCAUCUUGGUUACAAACCGUCCAUGAGAAAAUUCCUUCACGAGAUAUAUUCUCCAACCUCUGAGUUUGGGAAACAAUCCCCUACCUGUCUCAUAUCGGGCAAGUCGAUUAAGACGCCCCACGCUAUAACGAUCGAAACUAACGACGGGUCCGAUUCUAAAAGAGAAGACAAGCAAGACCCAUACGCCAUGUCACAACAAAGCAUCUGCGCAAAUCGAAUUCUAAAACGCGUUCGACAGCGACAUAUAGCGAUGGAGAACUACGACGCUUUACGCCGGGAAAUGGCGCUAAAGAGAGCAGCGGAGGCCAAACCAAAGCUCGCAAUAUUUUCCAAAUGUCACACGGCCGUGAAAUCCCACGUGUCUGUUAAAGGGGCAGCUCUUUAAAUCUAUACAGUACUGUGAGGUGAGACGGGACACCUCUAGCACAUAAUGUCCAAAUAACGCGUUUUAAACAAUUAAGAAAGAAAAAAAUGGGAUAUUAUGUGCUAACGGUCUCCAUCUUACCCCAGUCAACUAUAUAUAUCAGAUCGUGGGUUUAAGUUGAUUAAGUUUUAUGUCUGCCUUCUAACCAAUGCUGUUCCGAUUUAUCUGCCAAAUACACCAUGUAGACAACCACA